UCGGUCGCUAUUGAGUAAACUUUAAGUAAACCGGGCAAGUUAGAUAACCUUACAUGAUUGGAGACAAAGACUUGUUGACAAGAAGGCUGACUAACUUUGAGAUGGUUUGCUAUGACAUUGUGGGGCUGACUUCUAGAGAAUGGCGUAUCCAAAAUCCCAUAACCCGUUUGCCGAUGAUGACGAGGAGGAGACGACCACAUCCCGAUCAAGAGGCGGUUUCAACUUCGACGACGACCCACCCGAAAGCCGCAUGACCGAGGCCGAGCGCCGACAGCGGUAUCUCCAGCAGGAGGUCAUGCGGACUGCGCAGUCGGCCGUGGACAGCAGCAACAGGUCGCUUGGACUUAUCUAUGAGUCGGAGAAAGUUGGCACAGAGACGGCAGAGGAGCUGAUGCGUCAGGGCGAGGCCCUGAAGCGUACGGAGCGCAUGGUGGACAACAUGGAGCAGGACAUGCGGACGAGCCAGCGCCACAUCAACAGCAUCAAGAGUGUGUGGGGCGGCAUGGUCAACUACUUUAAGGCCAAGCCCGAGCCCGCCAAACCUCCUGAGAGGGACCAGCCCACCGGAUACCAGGCCAACAGCAAGCUCCAGAACGCCCUUUCGGAAAGUAAACAGCAAGAGGACCGCUAUGAGGCCAGCCAUCCCAAUCUACGGAAAUUGGACACAUCUGGAUUUGGCGCUUCAGCUGCAUCAAAUGACGCUCCAUCCAAUCAGAAUGGCUAUUCUAAGAACAGACAUCUACAAUCUGCCCAUCAAAAACUGGAUGACAACCUGGAUGAUAUGUGCUUGGGCCUGAGCCGGCUGAAGAACUUGGGUCUGGGCCUGCAGUCCGAGAUCGACGACCAGGAUGUGUCUCUGGACGCGCUGCUCAACAAGGUGGACAACAUGGACGGACGCAUCAGCGCUACCAACCGCCAGCUCAAAAAACUAUAAACAACAACACAAACAAACCAUCAAACAAACAAACAAACAGAACUCUGCCGGGGCCAACAUCAGCCCAGUGUACACACUUCGUGCCGGACAUAUUGUGCACACACACACACACACACACACACACACACACACACACACAACUAAGAAAACUGUAUUCAUGCACAAGUCCUUAAUCACUCAACUCAAUUUUUUAAAAUCUUGUUUCUUGUUAAGGGAGUGUGUAUGGUGAGAGGUGGUGUGAUGUUGAUGUGCACAUGCCUGUGUGCGUGCGUGUGUGUGUGUGGAUGGUAUAAGGCUGGAUUGUGGGAUUUGCUGUGAAUUUGAAGAGAGCCAUUGUUUUUGGUGUGUUUGUGUGAAUGUACAGUAGUCUGUCAUGAGAGGUUAUGAAGUAUGUCAUAAUAUUCAUGAUGUAAUAGAGUUGAAACUUUGUGGCCUAAACAAGCAAGAACUCUGUUUCUCUGUCUGUCUGUCUUUUUCUCUCUCCUGUUGUCUCACUAUUUCACUGUCCGUCUCUCUCGCGCACACACACACACACACACACACACACACACACACACACACACACACACACUAGUACACACACCAAGCCUCUUUAUCACUCAGCAGUCAGCACUUGUAUCACCGUAACUAAACGUAACCAUCUCAAGCUUGAGCUGCAUCACUUUCAGCCCACUUUGUGUCUUUUCCAUGCUCAAGCGCUACAGCUAGUUGGCAGCAGUGCUAAUAUGUAUUUUGUAGUCUAGCUUUGUCAUGGCCGCUGUAGAUAGUGUACCACUGCCUCAUUCUGUCUGGCUCUCUGAGCUUUGUGUCUAUACUAUGCUGCCUGGAGGGGGGACUCCCCUCAUGUGGUUCCAUCUUCAGUCUGCACUGAACCUGGUCCAGCUAUGGCCCGCACCUGGUUCGCUGUCAACCGCUGUCUGGGUCAAAGGUCAACUCUUCUCUGUCAAAUUUUUCAAAUCCAAGAAAUUAAAUUGAAUUGACAUUUUUAUUGGCUAAUCAGUUUGUGUUGCCAGAUCAUUUCUAGUUGUAAAGUGACUUGACAGUUUUUGGCAUCAGGGCUAAAUUUGAUUUGCCUAGAGAUCGAUUUGCCAGCUGUAUUGGCUAAUCAGUCUGUGUUGCCAAAUCUUGUCUGGUUGUAAAGCCCACUUUCCACACGGCUAUUGGGGAGUCUCUAUGAUCAGUGGGAGAACAGCUGUACUUACUGCCCACUGCACAGCUGUGCCUAUGGCAUUGUGGAGCUCAUUGAACUCGACCUUGUGGAAAGGUGUGUGUGUGUGUGUGUGUGUGUGUGUGUGUGUGUGUGUGUGUGGAGGUUAGGAUUCUUGUGUGUGUCAAAGAGAGAGAGCGACACAUAAUGACCAUCUGCCAUGUAUCUCUCCUGACCAUGUCCCUAUCCUCACUCGGCCCUGAAGUAGCUGAGGUGGUGGGUUCAUCCAUGAACUCCUGGCCCCUUUAUCCAUUGUUUUAUACCUGUUUGUUUUGUUUCAUGUUAUUUGGUGAACUUUAGUCUGACACCUCUGGGCUGCUGCACACUGUAGGCUAAUGUAGGAAGAUUAUCUUGAGAACUAAAACGUUGUGGGAAAAAUCUUCAGUCAAGUUCAUUUCAUUCAUUUUUUCAUUGGGUCAGAUUUGUCAUUCAUUGUUUGCUCCCCAGGUGUGUAGGCCUAACCAUUGGCAAAAUGUAUGUUAUAAAAUGUGUUUUGAAUGAAUGAAUGAAUGAAAGAAUGAAUGAACGAAAAAAUAUACAACAGUAAAUAAAAUUGUAUUAUACUUUUA